CUUCAUUCAAUCCUUCUUCCUUUGUGGUCCCCGUGUCCUAGUACCGGCCCCUUUCACUCUUUCUGCAGCUUGACGCAUUGCAGCUCGUUUUCAAUUCGUGGUUGCGCCGGUCGCUCGUUGUCGCAUCUCUACACGCACUCGCACUCGCACUCGCAAAGUCAAUCAACAACCGCACUUAUCAACAAUAAUCGACAAUGUCUCUCAAGAGUCUCCUCUUUUCAACGUUGCUGGCGACUGGGGCCGUCGCAACUUAUGGUGGUGGCCAGGGUCAAAGCUCUUGGGGUGGUGGUAGUGGCGGCGGCGGUGGAUCUUGGGGCGCUGCUCCCUCUUGUCCAGCAGGCUGUCAACCAAUCACUCCUCCCCCAGCUGGAGGCAACGGCCAGCUCAUCGUGCAGGUCGUUUCGGUGUCAGAUUCAAACGGCUCGCUGAAAUAUUUCCCAAACAACAUUGAAGCUCCGGUUGGCUCGAUAGUGCAAUUUCAGUACCAUCCCAAGAACCACACAGUCACAGAGUCGAGCUUUGCGGAGCCUUGCAAGCCCAUCUCCGCCAACCUGACGACCCCAAUGCGUCCUGGACUGAAGUCAGGGUUUGUUCCAGUCAAGGGCAACGAGUCCACCACACCGGUUUUCAACGUGUUGGUCAACGACACCAAGCCUAUCUGGAUCUUCUGCGGCCAGACCAACCACUGUCAAAAGGGUAUGGCCAUGGUGAUCAAUCAAAACAGCAGCACGCCCAACACAAUUGACGCAUACAUUGCGAAUGCCGCGAAAUUGCCUUUGGCUGACACUCCUCCUGCCCCUCCCGCCUCGGCUCCCCCUCCGCCUGCCGCUAACACAGUCACCUUCGGCGGCUCGCCACCUCCCGCAAACACUGCUCCUGCUCCUCCCCCGCCCGCACCGGCCGCUGAGUCCGCCGCGACACCUCCGUCAAGCAGUGUGCCUGCCGCUCCGGCAGUAUUCACUGGUGCCGCCGUGCGGGCCAGAGAAGCAUCAGCUGGCAUGCUUGUCCUCGGUGCUCUGGUGGCUGCGUGGUAAUCGAGUUUAGACUCUUCGGAAUAUUGAGUCGAGAACCUUAUCCGGUUGCCCAACAGGGGGACGACUAGGAAGAAAGGCAAGAUUCCCUCGGUAGACUUUUUUCGAGGUCGAGUCGCCAAUCGAAUUCCGGAGUUGGGGAGGGAUUGUGUUUUCUGUGGGCGAUCAGGUCACACCGUAGUUUGUCUCGUUGCUCCCUGAGGGAUGAGCAAUUGAGUCUUUGGGAUGUGGUGUGCGUGUUCCUGUGUGCAAGAAGUUUUUUUUUGGGAGAUGUGACAUCCUUUUUUGUAUUCUGACCUCUUCUAUUUUUUGAUAUCCCUCAAAUGCGCGCAGUAUUCUAUGCAGCAGCACCAUAUGGAAAAAAGGAUGUAUAGAUGGUAUACAGUAAAUCAAUGACCAAAUAUGAUUGAAU